UUGCAAUAUCGAUUUCGGCUUUUAAUCAGUUCAGGCCAAGAUUGACUAUGAAGUUGGGGCGAAUGGGCAGGAAGAUGCAGGGAAGGUCCGAAAUGACACAGGGAAAGAAAGCGGGCAGGAGUUCCCAAAUCGUUGGCAUUUGCCGCUCUCUUUCCUAUUCGUCGUGUCAGGAUGACAUUCAGCCUUUUGCAGCAAAUAAUGAUCAUGAGGAGGAUUCGUACGACGACGAUUCCGACCAUCUAAUUGAUGAGCAGGAGCCACCACCAGCAGCCAGGCAGGUCCAGAUCAGAAUGAUGACAAAGGAGCUGUGUACUUUUACUCCCCGGGAUCGAAAAAUGGAGUCCGUGUCCGUUGAUCGCUGCAAAUCGUUGUGCCUGCUGAGGAAUCAUCAUGUUCCCGGAAAUGGCGGAAAGAGUAACGAGGCGGAGAAAGGUGCAGAGGCGGUGUUUUCGAAAGAGUUCCGCACAGUAAUGAUGUCGCAGGUCGACCCACUUUCGCACAUUGGAAAGUUGAGUAGCUUCUGGAAUCCCUCUGGCUCUGCCCUACCGGUAGUCUGCCAAGACAGGGAGCCUUCGGAGUGGAAAGCUUCUGACAGGCCGUGGCCUGGUAGUGGCAGACGCGGGCGGAGCGUGAGGGAGAACCACUCGGAGAACUACUCGGAGAAGCAUUCGGAGAACUACUCGGAGGAGGAGUGUAGGUUGGCAAAUGUAUUCCCAGGCAUCGGAGAGGAGACGUCUUCGCUUGGUCGAGGAUCGUGUGCAGUUGUUCGAGAUGGAAGGACAGGCUCCUCCUCCUCCAGCAAGGGCCGUCUCUUGUGUGCGGCUAGAGCGCAGGCAAAUGUGAAUGUCUCAGGAUCGGCAAAGCGCAAAGCAGCAGCUCGGAAGUCUUCAACGAUGAGGAUGGCGGGACCACAGGCAGUGGAUCGGGACAAAGUCAGUUGUCGCAGCAAUUUCUCGGCGAAACGCGUCGCUGCAUCGAAUGGUGAUGAACGGCGGAAGCAAGCGGUGCAUUGGAAGGACAACAGAGUGAAUUACGACAGCAGAGAGGAAGGUGCGCAAGCAGAGGGAGAGGAGGAGGAAGAGUGGCUGCUGAGUUUCCCUUCCAAUCCUGAGGAGGAGGAGGAGGAGGAGGAAGUGGGUGCAAAUGCUGUCCACUGCCAGCGGCAGAUGCCGUGUUAUCAAGGGCACAAUUUGUUAGAACAAAGAAGAAGAUGUGCAGUCAAACAACAGACUACGAUGCGCAACCAGCAAGCGAAAGAACGAAGGCCGUGGAAUGGUGAUGCAACCGAGAGCCCUCUUUCCUGCCAGAAGACAGAAUCCAGAUCUGAUGCUGCUGAUGUACAUUUCAGUGAUGAUGACGUUCGAGCCCGUGACACUAAUCAAGCAGCAGAUGGUUCCAUUGAUUGGUUGAGGUCUGUUCCUGAUCAGAACAGAAGCUUCGCAAGCACAAGAGGAGUGCGGAAGGGUGGUGGUGGUGGCGAGCAUGAUGGCGUGAGACAUGCGAAGACAACAUUGAAGGUAGGCUAUGGCACAUCCUUUGUUGGGAAAAAACAUAUGGUGAGGAGCCCUGUUUCAGCGGAUGGCAUCAUCAAUAAGCGGAACAUGAGUGGGUUGGACGGAGGAGGCGAAUCGGAGUCUGGGCUGAUACAUGAUGCUGAGCACUGGAUUGGUGAUCAAUGGACAGCGUCGGAGAGCAGUGAUGAGGAAUUGAGGGAAAUAGGAGGGCGACGGACAAACCAGCAACGCCCUUCACCACUGAGCGCCCACAGGCCUGGGCGUUGUAAAGAUGGGAGGAAGCACGCACCACCAUUGACGCCCCCAAGGAAACACGAAUACGUGCAUGGAGGUGUUUCCAAUGGAGGAGCCAGGCAAUCUUCCGAUCAUGCAGAUUCGCAUUCUCACUCGGGAUUUCAUUCCAAUCCCGCUCGUCGUUUUGACGGGUCUGCUAAUCCUAGGCAUCAGUACCAUGGGAAAGGGAACCAGAUGCGAUCAUUGGAAUCAUCAGACAUGAGGAGGAGGGAAGUGGCAGUGGCCCAUAGUGGUUGUGUAGAGUCGGGCGAGAACGACGAAGCGGGACAGAUGAGCUGGGAGCGUAACAGGCGAGAGACUGAGGGCAUUGAUGGGAAGAAUCAUGGCGGUAGCGUCAAGGACCAGCAUACCCCAGCUUAUCUUUGCAAAACUGGAGUCCCAAAUAACCUGGGACAAGACGGACUGGAACCUGAGGAGGAUGUUGCCGAGGAUGACACAUUCCAUGACGGACGGGGUGGUGGAGAGUGGCGAGGCAGAGGGCCAGACAGAGUCUCUGCUUCCGUCAGCUCCCUUGGGGACCGCAUCGGGACAAGGGACAGUUCAGCGUCGAUCCCAACGAAGCGUGCUGGUAAACAACAGUGUAUUGGGCAGAAGAUCUUCCAAGUGCAGGGCCGCUCCCGUGGGCGCGGGAGCCAGAGGCAUGUGGAAAAAGGCAUGUUGGUCAGAGAGGAGAUUGUGAGUAGAAGCAAUGGACUACGCCAGACCUCUUCGACGGGGAAGCGUCAGACGCCACAGCAACCAGGCGGAAGACCCAGAAAGGGUGUCCCGUCAUUGGGAUUGGGGUUAGAGGGGUCAGGAUUGAAAUCCAGUCCUCCUGAUGGAUUCAUUUCAGAGCCGGGCUUUGAACCUUUUGGUGCUGUGUUGCCAACCCGGGAGAAUGUGCGGCGAAGAUCUUCUGCCGUUGUGAAAGGGGAUGAGGGAAGUUGGGUCUGGAACUAUUCGCAGAGGUCCCACGAAGAUCUGAGAUGUGGCCUUUCCGGGCCUGCUUACAGCGAUGAGGAAACCGAAGUUUUCGCCUCCGACAAGGACUCGGCGGGCGGCGAUGUGACACCGAAACUGUCGGCAGAGCAGAUAUGGUCGCGGCAGCAGAUUGGCAAUCAGGAUCAGAGGGCGAAAAUGGGUAGGGAGUCCCGCAUGGGAGCAAAGUCAAAGGGAGGAGGAGGCUCAACCAGACGGAAACCUGCCUUUGGACAGUAUGACAAGGAAUAUAACAGUGGAACGACGAGACACGCAGAUAUGACGAGGCAGCCGCUGAACUGUCACCGACCAGGCUUUGAGAACAGCGAAUGUGAUGCGUCAGAAGGGUCGGCAGGGAUAUGGGAGGAUGAUGAAGAGUAUGACCUUCAAACUGUAAGUGCCGAAACUGGUAGUAGGUUCAGGCAUCAAACCCUGCCGUCCUACGAAGUGUGUGGUGCACACGACAUGGCCUUGCACAAGCAGAAGAGGCGCAAAGUGUCGAAAAGCUCACAGCAGACGGGAAAGUUACCAGGAAGGCGGCAAACAGACAGCAUGACCAAAGGGUUUUCAUCAGCCCAAGGUGAGUCCAGUGAAGAUAUGGAUGAGCUUCAGAGCAAUGGGAGUGAUGGACCAGGUGGUGGUGCUGCUGUGAAGGGCCUAUACCGAGGCAGGUUGUCGCAGAAGGGUCAGCAGAGAAAGUCGUUGAGCAAGCAGACAAAAGGCUGUGCAGACAUGGAGCGUGAGGCAAGGCAGGUGGAAGACAACGCCGGUGGAGACGUGAGCAGUGGCGGACGGUGCACAGGACACAUUCCUAGGAUGAAGAUGGAGGGAUCGGCUCAGAAGCGGAAGCCCUUAGGAGAUGGCGGAUGGGAGAGACAAUGUGGAGAUGAGACAAAGGACGACAGUGAGGGGUAUGAUGAAGAGAUGCAAGCUAUGACAGCAGAAGAGGGUGACGUGACCAGCAACGAGCAAGUCCAGCCUAGUGAUAGAGACAGGGAAUCGAACAGAUGGGAGGCCACCCGUGGAUUGUGUAGAUCUCAGAGAAGGACAUUGUUGGACACGUCAGAAGCCGGCUGUGGGAGCGGAGAGUGUGGGGGCGGCCAGCUUGAAUAUGGUAAUGAAGCCAAUGAGGAGAUUGAGAAUGAUUGUGCCACAGACUGGGACAGAUUGUCAAGUGAAUGGGGGCAAUGCAGGUCGCCACAUACCCGCUUAAAGACCAACUUCCAGCGUGGCCAUGAGAUCCAGGGAGAAAAACUUGAAAAAGGUUCGAUCAAUCAGAAAUCGAUGUACGUGAAGUCUGCAGCAGGACAGAGCGAACACAGCGAUGAAGCUGACGAGGAUAGUGAAAACGCUUGUGUAACAGGUUGUAACAGAUCAUCGAAUCGAUGGAGGCGACGCAGAUCCCUGAAGAGUAAGUCUUGGGGUGGGCAUGAGAUCCAGGAAGGAAAACCUUUGGGCAGUAGGAACCCGAUCGGUCUGGUGGAGUCUGCAGAUGACUGCAUGAAGGGUAGAGGCAGGGGCAGGACCAAUGAUGAAGCUGAUGGAGCUCAAGCAAGCGGGGGAGAUCGUCGCAGACAUACGCAAAGAGGAGAAGCACCCUCCUCACUCGUGAGGGUGAGAUAUCCCUUAGGUGGCUGCGGCAAUGAGAUCGAGGAGGUGAAGCCGUUGGGUAAUCAAGAAGUGAUUGCUGUGGAAUCUGUGGAUGAGCAUCUGAUGGGCAGUGACAAGGCUCGUGACAAAGCCGCUGAUGAUUUAGCGAAUGGUAGAGGUUGCGGCAGACAAAAGACCUCCUCCUUGUCGUCACACGAAGUUCGGGAGAAGUCUGUGUGCGACAGCGUUCGUCAGCAGAGAGCAGGAUACUUGGUGAGUCAGCAACCUGUCUGUGCAGACUCUGCGAUGGAGCGUACGGGAGACAGGGGUGAGGCUGAUGAGGAGGCUGAGCAUGCUGUAGCAAAUGGAAGAGGUUGCCAUGUAUAUCUGCACAACGAAAAGGGCCCCUCCUCAUCGUGUGACCUUCGGGAAAAGACCUCUAAGGGCAGCUGUAGCCCUGGAAGUCCCAAGGUGAAGCUGGAAGACAACAGCGUUUUUGAGACUCGGAGAGGAGAAUCCUCUGGCAGUCAGAAACUCGUGUGCCGGGACACUGUGACAGAGCGCACGGCAGACAGGGAAGCGGCUGAGGACGAGGCUGACGAUGCCGUGGCGCAUGGAAGAGGCUUCCGCAGCACAUAUCUGCACAAAGAAACGACCCCCUCAUCGUCGUGUGACGCUUUGGAGAAGGCACCCUUGGCGGCCAGCUGUAGCCCAGAAAAUCACAUGGUGAAGCCGGUGGGCGACAGUGUUUUUGAGAAUUGCAGAGAAGAAUGUUUGGGCGGUCAGAAACGAAUCUGUGCGGGUUCCCUAAUGGAGCCUACCGAAGAGAAGAGCGAGGCGGAUGAUAAAGCUGAUGAUGCUGUAGGAGAUGGAAGGAGUUGUCAUGGGUAUCUACAACACAAACAAAAGAGCCUGUCCUCAUCGUGCGAGGUUUGGGAGGAGAUGCGCCAGCGCAGCGGCAACCGUGAGAGUUCCAAGGCUAAGUCAGGAGGCAGCUCGCAGCCAAUUUGUGUGGACUCGGAGAAAGAGAGUACACGAUGUAGGGAUUCUGAAAAAGAGAGCACAGUAGACAAGUGCCAAGCUGAUGAUGAACCUGUUGAUGCCGUCGAAGACGGAAGGCGUUUCCAUUUUCGAAAUCUGCGCAAACAAAAGACCCCCUUGCCACCAUGGCAGGCUUGGGAGCAGACAUCCCGGGCCAGCUGUAGCCAUGAAAGCGAAAGUGCCAAGGCAAAGCCUGGAAGCAAUCAGCAACCAAUUUGUGUGGACUUGGAGAAAGAGAGUACAAGAUGCAGGGACUCUGAAAGAGAGAGCACAGUAGACAAGUGCCAAGCUGAUGAUGAACCUGUUGAUGCUGUCGAAGAUGGAAGACGUUCCCAUUUUAGCAAUCUGCACACACAAAAGAGCCCUUCCCCACCACCACCAUGCCAGGUUUCGGAGAAGACAUCCCGGGCCAGCUGUAGCCGGGAAAGCGAAAGUCCCAUGGCAAAGCCUGGAAGCAAUCAGCACCCAAUUUGUGUGGAGUCGGAGAGAGAGAGUGCGAGAGGCAGAGAUUCGGAAAAAGAGGAGAGCGCGAAGGGCAGAACCCAGACUGAUGGCGAAGACGAUGCCGCUGUUGUAGAACUGAGAAGUGGCCACAAGCUCAAGAAGCGCAAGCAACUAUCUAGAUCGACUGCAGUAGAUGCAAAUGAUUGCGGUGUCGACAGCGGGUCUCAACCUCGACACCAAACUGGGUCUGUGCAGUUGGGCAAAAGCAGUAAGAAAUCGCGGAAAAACAUGGUCUCUCUCAAACAUGGCUUGUCUCAUUACCAACUUACGACAGGAGCAGGACAAGCAACCAACAAGAGGACUAAGGAAGUCUGGCUUUCUCUUCAUUCAGCAGUCGACAACGCCCUUCCGGGAGAUGUUAUUCUACUGCGUGGGAGAUUUGAAAUCACAAGACCUUUGAUCAUCAACAAGUCUGUAGAGUUUUCCAUCUGCUAUGUGUGAGUGAUAGUCUGCUUUGAUUUUCGUCGCAGGUACCUUGAGGGCAGUGCUUGGUGCCCACCUCAAGGUAUUGGUUGUUGGGCAGUCGUUAAUGUGUAACCACAACCAGGGUUAAGGUGGAUGAUUACUUAUAGUGUAAUCAGUUAGGGGAAUCUGGAGACUGUUGAGGGUUCAGCCUCCGAAUGAGUCAGUGAAUCUCCGAAGAAACAGUCUGUUACGGCCCCUCGUUUGUUGUCCCUAUAUACAGAGCUGCCCAGUAAACUGUAGGCACAGAG